GCCUUGCCGCACUCAAGUUCACCAACCAUCACCUCCAAGCUGCUUACGAUGAAGGGACUUCUCGCAGGUACCAUCGCUGCUGCCACCUUUGCUGUUGCCUCCGCUGGUGAAUACUGCGGUCAAUGGGACUGGGCCAAAAGCACUCAAUACACUGUGUACAACAACUUGUGGAACAAGAACGCUGCUGCGUCAGGCAGCCAAUGCACGGGAGUCGACAAGAUCAGUGGCUCCACCAUCGGUUGGCACACCUCGUACACUUGGACUGGAGGUGCAGCCACUGAGGUCAAGUCGUACUCGAACGCUGCUCUUAUCUUCUCUCCCAAGCAGAUCAAGAACAUCAAGACUAUCCCGACCAAGAUGAAAUACUCGUACUCGCACUCCUCCGGCACUUUCGUUGCCGAUGUCUCCUACGAUCUCUUCACAAGCUCCACUGCUACUGGCAAGAACGAGUACGAGAUCAUGAUCUGGCUGGCUGCUUACGGAGGUGCUGGCCCCAUCUCCAGUACAGGCAAAGCCAUCGCCACGGUGACUAUCGGCAGCAACAGCUUCAAGCUGUACAAGGGCCCGAACGGUAGCACUACUGUCUUCUCGUUCGUCGCCACCAAGACUAUCACCAACUUCACGGCCGACCUGCAGAAGUUCCUGACCUACCUGGUCAACAGCCAGGGUUUGCCAUCCAGCCAAUACCUGAUCACUCUAGAGGCUGGCACGGAGCCCUUCGUUGGUACGAACGCCAAGAUGACCGUGUCGUCGUACUCGGCUGCUGUCAACUAAGCGACUACAGUGCAAAUAUCGCGAAAGGAGCGAUAUCAUUUUCAGUUUAGAAAACGUACUUCGAAGUAUCAGUCAGUGAUGUUAACAUGAAUUGAGUAUGAAUGUUGAAAAAUAGUUGCC